ACAACACAGUUCUCUGGAAAGAAAACUGUACAUGUAUAUUUGUAAGGGCAACUUCAGCACCUGAACCUCACUCCACCUGAAACCUUUACAAGCAGGAUACAGUAGCACAAGGCAAAGGUAUGCACAGUUUUUCCUGUUUUUAACAGGUACUUUAGUGGAUCAGAGACAACAUGUGAGACAUUAUGUAAAAAAUGUAAACAACAUUAAAUGGACAGUACUACACUAGUUUCAUAUUAUCAUCAUAGGGUGACAAAACAGAAAAAUAAUUCAUUCAAUUUUCGUAUGUUAAAGGAGAAAUGUGAAGUUUUCCAGCAAAUUAGUCUAUAUAAAAAACCCAAACUUCAUUCACUAUUAAAAACUAUCCUGUCUAAAUGAUAGCCGGGUGUGAAAAAGAUCUAACAUGACAGCCAGCUGAUCUGACUGGUCAGUGUUAUGGCCUAUUAUUAGCCCCUGAACACUGGACACCGCCUUCUCAGCUGAGUCUGGUCUGGGAGAAAAAAUAUUCAUUACGUAACAAUAAAGGAUCUGUCUCUCGACCCACUUCCUGAAUACCACAGCAGCAACUAGGCCCCAAACUAAGGCAGAGCGGAAGCCUCGUCCGUUUGUUUCCCGGAGCAGUGGAAAGUGGUGCCGGUUGUUGUCUGCUUAUCCCUUGCCUCCACACAUUCACCGCACCACCCCUCCUUCUCAGCUCUCUUUGUGGGUCAGUGAUGCAGCGGGAGUGACGCAGCAGUGGCAGCACAGCAGGAACAAGGAACCUCUGCCAGAACCGUAGUCUACAGGCAACUUCCAGACAGCAGUGGAGAGGGAAGAUGGUAAGGGCCUGAUCUAGGCCAAAGGAAGAAAGGAAGCUGUGUCUCCUUUCCUCCUAAAGCAAACAUCACAGAGACUUUCGAAGCAGUGGAGACGAGCCCAGCAAGACCGUCCACAUACAAACAUUUUGGUAGGCAACUCAAAGUGUGAGUGCUUGUGAAGGUGGAAUCAUAAAGUAAAUGCUACACUGGAUUAUUGUCUUUUACACGCCUGUGGAUGUGAAUGCUUUGGGAAUGAGGAUGAGGCCUACUCAGCCUAGUUCUGCGGUCUGUGCCUCCCUGUUGAUCAGUGUCUCUUCAAUACGCAGCUGCGCUUACUGAGGAUCAGAGGCAUAGAGGCCUGUAAACUUUGUCCUGCUGUUUUGGAUGCACCCUGGCGGUGAUAUCAAGUGGGGGAGGGGGGUGAGAGGGUGUUCCAUCUAUAACACUUUGAAACAUACACUUCAGGUACAAAAACCUAUGUGUUUUGUUUUUUUUAAUGGAAAACAGAGAUAUUUUCCAUUUGCCGUUUUAAAUUCUGCCUGAUACUUGAUCAUAGCUGUCAGUGAGCAGUAUGUGAGGAGCACUGCGGAUGAGUCUGAUAACUGUUUCUGAUGUGAAUAUUUAAAGCGGGAGCUCUUUGAUCAACACUAAUAAGUGUCUCUAGCAUGACAACUGCAAAGCGAAUGUAUCAAAUACUGAAAAUUUACGUCUGGUCCCCACGGCUAAGAAUGGCCAGCAAAUGUGGAAGGUAAGAUUCAGUAGUCUUUUAAUGCCUCUGAUCUGUGUUCAGGUUUUUUGAUGUUGGAGCGAGGAAAAUUAAAAAACAUAACAAUUUUGUCAAUAAUCAAUAAUCAAAGCAUUAGCAGGUCUUGAAAUAUUAUGGCGACAUUUUUCAAUCCAAGAAAAGAACAUCUAUUUGAUAAUUUUUCUGGUUGUUUCACAUCAACCUGGUUUGUCUCCAGCUCAGCUCAAGCCCUAGAUUCCCAAGUAUGGAGUUUCCGGCUUUAUUAAAUCCAAAAUACACUUUGCUGUUACUCAUCGAUUUCAAUGUAACCUUUUUAAUUCUUUUGAUUUUUGAAAGUCACACUAACACACGCCAGAGAGGAGGGAGUCUUUAAAUUAACUGACAAUCACACACGCCAACCGCUCCCUGACUAAUGUGGUCGUCUUUCAGAGAGCGGUUCUUCUUGCAGCACCAAAAAUAGAAGACUGAACCAGUGGUCAAUUGUGUAUUCAUGAAACCGACAUAAUGUGAUGUUCUCAGCAUAGAGAGCGGAUCAGGACAAUACAGCUGCAGUUAAGAUUCAAGGUUCACCGAGUUUAUUUUCAGAGACAAAGAAAAAAUACUCUACGAAUAGCUUGCUGCCUCCCUUCAGGGCAAAGAGUGAGUGCAUGCAUAAUGAUAUAGCACCUGCUGCUUUGUCUUUUGAAGUCAACGAUACAUUCAGUUAAAUGGCUUUGAAACUGGUUUAAAGUGAGAUUCAGCCAGCAUGGGGAUAACACCAGUGCAGUCAUAUGACUACCCUCAGUUGUGUAAAUAAAAGCGCGGCUUCCGUCCUCAGAGGCUAUUGCGAGGCUCACAGUGCUAUGUCGGGUUCAGCUUCCUCCCCUCCCCCUGCAGUCUGCAGUGCUGACGCAUCUGCUGCUUUUGCAUCAAUCAGCAGCCUGCAUAGAGGUAUACAGAGAAACCCCGCAGAAAGCAAGACUUUUAGUCUUUUCUCCUUCUCAGCGUAACAUGCAAUUUGCACACUCACUGCAAUGGUGAGAAAGAGCAUCGAUAAAUAUCUUGCUGCCAUUUCUAACAGGACAGUAGCCACUGCCAUCUUCUCUCGUGUUCUGCAUUACCUAACCACAGUGACAGCGUGAGCACGGAAGAGGAGCUUUGAUGUUAUAUAUUGCUGCACAGACAGAGUCUGUGUGCACAAGCAUUACAAACAGAUGGUGUGGCUUUAAGCUUUCAAGGUGCAGGUUGUUUCAUCGAGAUAAUCUGGUUUUUGCAAAAGACAUUUUUCCUUUUGGUCAGCAUCAAUGCAUCGGGAUCGAGCUGAUGCAGUGAUGGGUAGAAUAAAUACAGCAUUUAUUGUCACCCUCAUAUCACACUGCUACGAGCAAUGCAACUGAGCGUUUCCUCUGGCUGGGGCAUCGAGUGCAGAGCGGGUGUGUGAUGUAGCACCCAGCAUCUCUCUGCUCUCCUCACAGCCCACUGCCAUGCUUAAUAAAAGUUGCCGUUUCCUUCCGAGUGGCUUCAGAGCAAAUGCUUCAUUGCCUAGCUAGCACAAAGACAGACCCAUGCUUGGGUUUAGCUGUGCGCUCUUCAAACUGUGAGUUAUUCCUAUAGCUGUUGUAGGACAGAAGAGGGACAGUCAUAGGAGGGCAGGGCAGAUCUAGCCCAGGACCAGGACUGCAUGGAAAGAGGCGAAGGACGUUGGAGCUGGAGUCGUCUGCACACAGAGAGGGAGGGAGAGGAAGAAAGACGUCAGAAAAAGCUCUGCUUCUGACAACACUGCUCUUCAGCGACCGUCAUAGAAAAAAGAUACUUUCGCCUUGCUCUCACGAAACUGUUUUUCAUGAAUAGCUGGCAAAAUUGAGGUCUGUAGAAAAGGGAUACUGCAGGACUCCGUUUCCUGUUCGCCCGCAUCACUUUCUCAGAUUUACUAAGGUAUGUUUUGCAUGGUUUCCCUCAAUUUAUAACCUGUUUCUUUUUUGUGCGGAAGUACGCUUUGCAGGGGUGCGUGAAGUGGCUUUUACUUUGACAUUUCGCUCUUUGUUUGACGAGAUUGUCUGUUCGUUACUCUCAUUUCAUGGUUUGUGGUUUGGUUUGGGGAUUUUUAUUUUAUCAGUUGAGACGUAUUACAUUUUUCAAAUGAGCUUUGAAGGUAAAGUAAGGUUGGGUGUGGCAAAAUCAUUAACACUGAUGACUAAUUCUGUAUUUCCGCUCAGCAUGUGGUGGCACUAAACCUCCACGAUCAUAUAGAUUUUGGAAAACGAAAGCGUUGAAGUUAAAAAGCAAUACAGAGGGUAAUGUGAAACUGUGUCUGCAACUGAGAGAUGAGUCAAAGAGCAGUUGCACAUCACUAGCUUGUUAUCAGAUGAGAAAGUCCUUUAAACAUUUCUGUUGCAGACAAAGACACUCAGAUCACUAACAUCUACAAAGUACAUACGAGGCGAGACGAGGCAAAGGCGAACCUUGAUCGCUCUGUAGACUGCUGUGUGUUGCAGGUUUCUCGGAGAGGGCAGGAUGUUUGUGGCAGAGAGGGAAUCGAAUACUCGGACAGCUAAUACAGUCACUUGCCAUCCAGCUGAAUCCCAAUAAGAGCUGCGCCAUAGCAUGUUGCCAUGACAACGGAGGCCUGUCUGAGAAAGAGGGCAGAAGGCUGGUUGUGUUUUCAGCGGUCUAGGGGGCUUUCAAGAUCGGCAGCCAUAUUGUAUUUGUUGCAUGACUUGAAAUCAGAAACGAGUGUAAAAACGCGUUCAAUAUGCCAUCCCUUAUUGAGUCAUGUGACCACUUUCGUUGAGCCAAAAAAUAAAGAUUGAUGAAUUUGGUGAUUUUUGUUUAAAACAUAAAAAAAAAUAAAAAAUAACAUUUCCAAAGAGUGUGUUGUGAAAAAGAGAACAAUAAGCCAAACAUAAAACGAUAUUAGAGACCAAUCCUUAACCCAAUGCUUAUUUUGGUGAUUACUGUUUUAUUUAUACGCACUAAAUUUUUCAUUCAUCAUGACGAAAUAAACUACCACUUAUUGAGCAAACAGAAUCAGGAACAACUGUACAACAGAGAGACACAAAAUAUGUCUGUGUAGCAUCCACAGGGAAAAAGGAACCGAGGUUCAAUGUUUGAAUGCACAGGCCCAGUGUAUGACAACAAAAACAAUGCAAUAGCAAUCAAUACUCUCGUCUGUGUGAGCUAAACUUGAAUUGUUAAAAGAAUUUUACAUUAGUGCACAUUUGGAUGAGUCAUCAGCCACCAAAGCAAGUGCGUUAGCUAGCAGGUACACUCAGCGUGCUACAUGUGGCAUGCUACAUGACUCAGUAUAGCCUCUAACCACACUGAGUCUGAGUUACUGAGUAGGCCACAAUUAGAACGUCAUGAAGCGUGAUACAUCUUCUGUCAAGACAGAAACGCAUGAACGUCAACUGCCAUUCAGAGUUGCUCUCUGCUGAUUAUCGCUGUUCGUUAUUAAAACCUUAAAAAAAAUUACAAACACUGCUGCAUCAAUUUCCAAGGACUAAAUAGUCUCCUGUCAAUGGUGCAGCAGUGUACGCUUGUUUGUACAAACUGGGUGAUGUGUUUUGUCUUCUGAAGAGAUGGUGAAAAAGUAGGCUGAAGAAUUUCAUUGUUUCUACUCGUUUUCAAGAUAGUAUUUCAUCAACGGCCCUUACUUGCAGCUGGCGAAAAGCAACUGUUCUCUUUCAUUAACGAAACUUAAUGUGUGACAUGUUAAAAGCAGCUUCCUGUGCUAACAGUCAACAAAUGAAAGCAGCUCACAAGUCAUUAGAGUGCAACCGUCCACAUAUCAUCUUCACGUUAACCUUGGCCUAAGGCAGGAUGAGACUGUCAUACCAACUAAACCGUGCCAAGUGCAGAGCUGAAUGAAUCACCACCAAACCCGAACCGCUGCAGUUUGUAUAAUCAAUAUGAUUCCUAUUGUUUUUGGGUACUACCUUUGGAUGACCUUAUUCUAGGAUUUCUAACAUUAUUACCCACAGUAUCAUCAUCCCACAUGGCCACAGUUCACUGUCGACAAAAUAUCAAAACAAUUUAAAAAAACUCAUAUUCCUUGAAUUAAGCUUUUCCUGUACUUAUACAACCGAAAGCUUUUGAAAAUGACACAAUAAUGAAAAAUAACAGUUACACCAAAGAGAGGGAGAUUCUGUGUAAGUUAGUUACAAAGUCCUGAAUCUGUACAACAAAGUGUCCUACUAAUUAAAUAUUUUUUGAUGGUACUGGUCUGUCACAUGCUCACUGAGUGAUCCUUGCAGGAUGAACUUUAUGAUGUCUGCAAUCACAACUGUUGACCAGACUGUUGGCACUUGAGCUCAUCUGUCAAGACAUUGCUGCCAUCUAGUGUUAUAACACUGGAAUGGCUCAAUGUACAAAAAUGUACACGAAUCAUCUGUAUUGUUUUAAUAAUGGUAAUCAAGACACAGAGCCACCACUUUAUGAAAAAUGACACUAUUAUUUCUCCUCUUCUUUCUACAGAUGACGGUGGUGUCCCCAUGCACUCAGGACCUGAUGGAUAGUGCUCACCCUCAGACUGUGCUCACCAAACUCAAUGAGCAGCGUUCGCAGGGCCUUUUCUGCGAUGUUACCAUUGUUGUUGAGGAUGUGAAAUUCCGGGCCCACAAGAACAUCCUGGCAGCCUGCAGCGGGUACUUCAGGAAUGCUCUGACAACUCCUGAGACAUGGAGCUCCAGCCAAGUGUUAGAGCUGAUGGACCUGAAGUCUGAGGUGUUUGCCAGUAUCCUCAACUUUAUUUACUGCUCAAAAGUGGUGUCACCAGGGACAGAGGGCACAGGGGUACUCGUCGCAGCGGGCAAAAGACUUGGAAUUCCUUUUUUAGAGAAACUUUCAGAGCAAGAUAGGCAGGAUGACUGUGUUAAAUCCACAGAUUACAGCGCACCCACAGUGUGUAAAAAAACAAAGAAGGAAGCUCCAAGGAUUGAGGAGAUGGACAGUGCCACAGGGCCACGCAUCACUAAUGCCUUCUCUAUCAAUGAAGUGUGUCCUGGAAAUAAUCUUUUUGUCCCACUGGUUCAAACAAAUGGGGACAGGCAGUCACCAGAUGUGGGGCAGCCCCCACUGAGUUGCCCGACAAUAUCCUGUGGGAACAAUGAGACAACCCAAGCCCUUUCAGAGCACUCGUACGCAGUCAGCAAAUCCACUGAAAACAAGGAUAGCAGUCAGUGGGACGGCAAGAAGGUCUAUAAGCCAGCAAUAACACAGUCAAAGCAACUCAUCUACAGAAACACAGGCCCACUUAAAAAGCGCCACAGGCUGCGAGCCACUUUGGCUAAGACUAUACUUCCAACACCAGCCGAACCACAAACAGAUACACCAAACCCAGUGACCCCCACAUUAGAUGAUGGUGUUUCUGCAGCACCUGACACGGUCACAACACCACCCCCGCUUUUUUCAGAGUCAGAAAAAUUAAUGGACCAAGAGCCAAAUGUAACCCCUGACACUGCUCAGAUAGAUUUGGGUCCACCACCUCUUUCUCCUCACACAGAGGACAGUAUUUCAAUCUACGGAUGUGAGGACUGUCCGGAGAUAUUUACGAAUAAAGCUCUUCUGACCAUUCACUCAGAGGUACACAAAAAGCGUUUUGUCAGUCAUUUGUUCUGCAAGUUUUGUCACAGAAAAUUCAUACACCUCAAACGGUUACGUAACCAUGAGCAGAUCUGUCCCAAAGCUGCGAAAAGCCCCCCUAAACUACAUGCCACUGACGUAUCAACCAAAGAGUUAGACCUACAUUCAGGAGACAUGCCUAACAUUGAGAGCAUCAUGGCACAGCUUCCUUCUGCUGACCCCCCUUCCCCUUUGGCCCCACAGACUCCUCAAGUGGACCACUCAGAGCUUCCUGAGAAGCAAGUUAGGUCAAGUAGCGGUCAGAGACGAUAUAACUGCAGUGUGUGUAAACGGGUCUAUGUCACGCUAUCCAGCCUGAAGCGGCAUGAGAAUGUACAUUCCUGGCAGAGAGCCUAUCCCUGCCAUUAUUGUAACAAAGUGUUUGCCUUGGCAGAGUACCGUACCAAGCAUGAAAUUUGGCACACAGGUGAACGCCGCUACCAGUGCAUUUUUUGCCUGGAGACUUUCAUGACGUAUUAUAUCCUCAAGAACCAUCAGAAGUCUUUUCACGGCAUUGAUCCCAGUCUUGCAGUUAAGAAGAAAUCUGCCAACGGUGGGCUGAAAGCCAGCGUCUACCCAAUCAAACUUUAUAGGCUUCUGCCCAUGAAGUUUCGAAAGAGACAAUACAAAACAUACAGUCAAACAUACUCAGAGAGCCUGGAAAAAGGGGACCAAGCCCCACUGGAGAGCAGCUCUCUUAUCCCUCCAUUUGAAGAAAAUGGAGUGAUGAGCCCUGACUCUCUCUCAUACCCUGUGACAUUCAUGGCAACCACAAAAAUGGUGGCACCAGUCAUGCCUCGCAUAAGCUUUGAUAAGCCAUGUGACCAAGGAGUUGAACACCAUCUGGACAGUGACCUGGAACUCGAAAAAGGCACGAGACAAGAGUAUGGGAAUGGAGAGCCUGCCUUUGAGAAUGCUGACGGUGCAUUCUCUUUGCCACAAAAUUUAGAGUCUCCUGCAUUGGGUCUCAGAGACAAUCCAGAAUUCAUGGGUCACAAUGUGCCAUUCUUAAAUUCUCUGAAUGCAGUUAAAAAGUUGGGUGAACUUUCAGCUUCUGCUAAAAAAGUUGAGGAGAUGACCAAGGAGAUACUCCAAUCGAGCACUGAGAGUCUGAUGCGCGAUAAAACAGUGGGGACAAAGAUAGAAACAUAUAUCGCCAAACCUGUCUGCCCGGGUCCAUCAGUGGAUGGUUCUGCCAUGCCUCUCUGUCAAAUAACAGUGAAGAUAGGCAAUGAAGCCAUCAUCCGCCGCCGAAUCAAAGGAUCUAAGCUCUUUCCCAAAAAGAAAAGAAGAAUCAGAGAGUCGUAUGAAGAAGACAGCUCAAGUCAGUCUCAAAUAAGGGAAAACUCUGAAAGUCCCAGACUUCGCCUCAGACCUGAGGUCACUGCAGCCACAGGUCAUGAGACAUACGAGGAUCCCAAUGACCUUGAUACAGCCGAUAUGCUCUGGCGUCCGUAUUACUCGUACAAAGCAAAGAAGAAAAGGAAGAAGUUGAGAUUCAAGCACCGUAAAGCUUUGUUUCACCAUUACCCUGAAACAUCGGUGGGUAAAAGUACUGCGAGUGAGGACAGAAACAGCAGACUGACCGAAGACUGUGUCUCAAGUGGAAGCGAAGUAAAACGUAGCCUUAGUAGGAACUCCAGCCCGAGAGCCACCUACAACUGUGACAUCUGUGACAGCUCCUUUAUCACAGAGACUGGCCUGAGGGCACAUGUCAUUGGUUCCCAUCCAUGUUUCUGUCGGACCUGUGGUAAACAAGGUCCCCCUGGUGAAGUACCUGCUGGUGGUGAUUACAUCUGCAACAGCUGUAUGGAAAAUGGCUCCUGCUUUGAUAAGUCCCCACGGAGCCCAAACCCAGAGAAGAAGUACCGCUGCUCCUUCUGUCCACAGCGUUUUCUCUACCUUGCCACAAAGAGAAGCCAUGAAAAGAAACACCAGGAGACAAGUGAGAAGGGAUAUAAUUUUGACAAAUUUACACCAAGCUCUAAGUACAAAAGUGAAAUCUAUAAAGAGGACACCAUCAAAACUGAAGAUGGAGACUUUACAGAAAGCCCUGACAUCAAAUCUGAAAGAGUGGAAGGUGGGCAUUUUUCAGAUGACAAAUUUAAGCCUAAAAUUGAGGAUGCAACUAACUUAAUGUCUUUGACUACCUGCCAAGACAUAUCCUUUGCAAACUUAAAAAGUCCUCGACUGCCCAGCAUCAACCCCAUGUUCUCCCUGACUCCCUCAAAUGUGAAACACAAAAUGCAGAAAAAAAAAAUCAAUACACAAAACUCUGCGCAUGCAGUCCCCAAAAAACAUGCCUAUGACAGAGAGGGCAGCAAGGAUCUUCUGACCAGUCUUAGAAAAAACAAUCACAAUGAAAAGUCUUGUAAACUCUUCAGGACAAACGACUCUGAAACUAAAGGUGCCCACAUUUCUCUACACAAACCAGAGAAAUGGGUCUGCAAAGAGGAGCCGUUUUUUUAGGGAUUUUUCAGGACUGGGGAAAGGAAAAAGAGGGUGAGGAAAUGUAAGAGCUGUAAUGCUGUCUAAAUGUUUUGAAUGGACACUGCAGAAUAUAAUAUGAGUACGAGCUGUAAUUUAUUUCCUCCAAAUCACAACUACUGAGGAAUUUUUCACCUUUGUAGAGGACGAUUUUUGUAAAACACAGGACCUUCUGACACGGACUGUAUUUCUUUUCAUUGUCUAUGCAUAUAUUGCAGUCUCAGUGACAUGUCUUUAACCUCAAGGAGAUACAUGUAUGUUAAAAAUGUGUCUUCACAUAUUGUGCAAUUUCUGAACAGUGAUAAGAUGUAUUGGACAACUGAAAGCUACCUACUGUAGUUACAUCUUCACUUUUAUGAACAUAUCUAGGUAAAACAACACAAAUUUUUAAACUGUCAAAUUUCUGAAUCGCCUGAUAAAUGAAAAGGCUCUGUUGAGUUGCACUUUAAGACUAUGCUUAUCUGUUGAUUAAAUACUUUUAUAAUUCCAUUUCAAUUGUAAGCUGCAUUAAUAUAAUUCUCAUUUCUUUUUAACACGUGGCACCAUUGAGAUUGAAGUUACUUCUUUUUUGAUUAUGUAUGACACAUGUCAAACUAUUUGAAUAAAUGUUGUUAAAAUUCUA